UACCUCCAAUCUCUACCAAACUACGAUUAUGAGUAUAUGUUGUGGUCCAAUGCUCGCUGCACAGCUGCUGUGACUGGUGAUAGUGACUCCGGGAGCGAGGAGAAUAGACCACCACCAACAAAGAAACAAAAAGUAUGUCCUAACUGUGAGGAGAGCUGUCAUAUCCACUGUGCUCAAAAGACGCUAGCCAAGGACUUAUGGGAGGCUGUUCAUACAGAUGAAGAUGUCAUCAAAGUAAGGUCCCUGUUGGGACACGGUGCCUGCCCCAACCACCCGCUCUACUGGAGUGUGGAGUGGGAUGAGCUGCCUCCAUUACACUGGGCUUGUCUGAUGGGCCUCAUGGCGAUUAUGAGGACACUUGUUACCCAUGGUGCUCGUACUGAUAAAGGUGGUGGGAGGGAUAACAGACUGCCACUUCACUAUGCUUGCGAGGGAGGUCAUAAAGAGGUGGUGGCAUACCUGAUCCAUGAGGUCAGGUGUAGCACUGAUGUGAGGGAUAGGAACAGCUGGACCCUUCUUCACUGUGCCUGUGAGAGAGGAAAUAAAGAAGUCGUACAGUAUCUGGUGGAGAAUAUGAAGAUGGAUGUUGAUAUGAUGGAUGAUUGGGAACAGUCACCACUGAACAUAGCUCUGAAUUCUGACUAUCUGUAUGGCUGUCUGGAUGAUGGUUGCAUGGAUGUUGCCCUCUACCUAAUGAGCCGUGGCUGUGGUGGUGAUGAGCACAAGGCCAAGUUAUUGUGUGCAGCAUGUUGGUGGGGCAAGCUGGGUGUGGUGAAACAACUGGUUGAACAAGACAAGGUUGACCCCAAGAAUGUGAGGGAUAAUAUCAACAGGACCCCACUCCACAAUGCAUGCGUUCGGGGACACAAAGAUGUGGUGCAGUACUUAGUGGAAAAGGCCAACUGUGAUAUCAGUGCAACUGACAAAAAUGGCGAUACUCCUCGUGACAUUGCUACACAGCGGGGUUACACUGAAAUUGCUGACUUCCUAAAGCCUCUGCCACAACAACCUGCUGUGACUGAAGAGAGUGAGGAGAAUGGACCACCACCAACAAAACAAAAAGCAAACAAGUUGGCACUGAACAUCUACAACCCGGCUGACCCCACCACUCCUCUGCUGAGCCUGGGACCGUGACAAAAUGAGGAGAGCAGGCAAACAGGUAACCUAGUGUUUGUGGAGAUUAGCCGCAGGUGUUACGGUGGUCCAGGGCUGGUGUGGAUGUAUUCUGGCUUCAAUGAUGCUCAGCCUAAGAGAAACACUCCAGACAGACAUCUCCUCCAAGUUCCUGUAUAUACAUGUGUGACUGUGACUGGGCUGAGAAGUUUGGAGUACACGUGACGUUCAUCGUGUGCAAUGACAAAAACCACUAUGUUGGAGGCACUCAGGGUGGUUGUAAAUUCUCGGAGACCAAUCCUAACAUUCCCACAUCGUUCUUGGU